AUGGAUGAUGGAGAAGAAAGGCCAGCUGUAGGAGCAAGACCAAAACCAGCUAAAGAACCCAACCCUCUCAACCAGACAAGACAGGACCGUGAAGCUCAAGUACAAGCCGAGGCAGAACCAGCUGAGCUUUUCCAAGCGCAACAAGAUCAAGCUCAACAACUACUCCCUGCGAGCAAAAUACUGCCAUUUGGUGAUGGUAGCUUAUUCCUUGGAGAUUGGACACCUUCAGGACUUAUCAGUGAUCCAAUUUCUCAAAAAGAAGUUGUUUUUGCACAUCUUCUACAAAUAUCAUACAACAAAGACAAAACGGUUGCUCAACGCCGGGACUUGUCUUAUCUCGAUUUGGCACACCAUAUCAAAAGCCAAACCAAGAAGAAGAAUUUUUCGUUCAGGAAUUUAAACAUUCCGAUCAACUACAUUAGAGAGGUGGGACUCUACAAAGACGAAAAAAUAACAGGACCGGGAGUGAAGACUAAAGGUAACUUUGAUCAUCGACAAGAAGCUUCAAAAAAAUUUGUUUACGAAACAUUGGAGACCACACCUCUGGGAAUUGUCAUAGACAACUCUCCUGAAUUUGAAUGUAUUGAAAUGGGAAUUCAUCACGUUCCAGCCAUUCCACGUAACACAAAUACUGGGAGUUUGGGAGUGGGAUCACACCAAGUGGAGUGGAUUUCCUGA